AAAUCAGAGAUCAGUGGUGUCCUUGAGGGAUGGUCAGGUUAAGUCUAUGAGAGAAAUCGGAAUUACGCUAUCGCGCGAAAUUUGAAUUCUUGUUCCGUAAAUUAAAACUCGGGUUGUUUUCUUUUGUUUUGAACGACUUUUAAAUCACAUUAUCGCUCCAGUAUGUCAGCCACGAAGCGAAUGGCGGCCUUAGUAAUUACAAGCGCGGUAAGAUACGAUAGACGCAGUGAGAAAGUAUGACCCUGCAAUGGAAACGGAUCAGUCGCCGCGGCGAUUUUGUACGCGUCGCACAGCUCGUCCGAUGUUAUACAAAACAUUUUAAUAAAAGAUAAUGUUCGUGCAAGACAAAGCGCAGACAACAAAUCACGCGAAGAAUCUCGUUUUUAAAUGUUUUAAGAAUUACCAUCAAUUACACGCGGUUACCAAAUAUUGUAGAUAAUUUUUUUUAUUGAUGGAUUCGUCCAUUUAUCGAUGAAAGUGUAUUAGAACAAUUGAAAGCGUGAUUCAAAGUGUAGAAAAACAAAGAUUAUACAAGCAUCGCGAAUAUUGCAUCUUAUAAUAAUUUACUCAAAAUAAUCCCUUAAAAAUGUUUUGUGUCUUUAAUUUAUUUUAAAGUGAUUGCUACAAUGCCAGUUCACUGUGAAAUUUUACAUGUGAUUAUUUGAAUGAUUUUUCACAGAUCAAAGAUUCCUUUGGGUACACAGUUUUCAUAGCGUUGUAUACGAAGCGAAAUGGAAAUGGACCGCGACGAUGCAAUUGUCGAUCCGACAGUGAGGAUGAUAGACGAAGGUUGUUCGAUUCAUUUAAGAGACAAUGAAAAUUUUGUUAAUCCUCAAGGACGACCAGUUUCUCAGAUGCACGUCGAGUUCGACGAUCUCUCUUACUCGAUCUGUUACAGUAAAGGAAAAAGAAAGAAGAUUAUGGAGAACGUGACAGGAUGUUUUCGACCGGAAAGAUUAACAACAAUAGUUGGCCCAUCCGGCGCUGGCAAGACCACGUUACUUCGGAUAAUAUCUACCUUGAAAUCUAGCAAUGUCCAGGGUUCAAUCACCGUUAACGGAGCGGAAUGGAACGGUGGCGCCUUUCGAAAGCAAUCGUGUUAUCUCCCGCAAGAGUUCGCUUUAUCGCCUUUGCUUACCACCCGAGAAACGCUUUACAUUGCCGCGCGUUUGAAAAUGCGCGGGAAUCUGGAUCGGCGCGCUUUCUGUUUGAUCGUUACAGAAAUAGCUGAAAGUUUGAAUUUAACAAACUGCUUGGACACAAUGGUGGAAGAUCUGAGCGGUGGAGAACGGAAGAGACUAGCCAUUGGAGUUGAAAUAAUUACAAGACCAUCCGUUUUGCUACUCGAUGAACCAACAAGUGGAUUAGACAGCACGUCUUCGUAUCAGGUAAUUUGUUUGCUGCAUAAAAUUGCUAGAGGAGGUUGCACAGUAGUUUGCGCAAUUCAUCAACCGAGUAGUAGAAUGAUAUCUCAAUUUGACGACUUAUUGGUACUGCACAAGGGAAGGUCUUAUUACUGUGGUAAAUGGGAUGAUGUCCUAAGUACCUUUAACGAUGCAGGCUACACGUGUCCGCAGUUUUAUAACAUAUCCGAGUUCGUUUUGGAGGUGGUGACGAAAGAAAGGGGCGGAGAUUUGAACAGUUUGUACAAAAUUAAUCGGGAAAAAUAUUUGCAAUGGAAAACGCAUAUCCAAAAACCCAAGGAUGUAACGACCGCUACAAAAUUGGAAUGUUUGAAUAACAAAUCAAAACAAUCACGUAUUUGGCAAGAACAGAAGAUCCUGUUCUUAAGGGCAAUGAUUUGUAUUAAACGCGACAAUACUCUGACAAAGUUGAGAUUCGCGGCUCACUUGGUAGUAGGUUUUUUACUAGGCGUAGUGUUUUAUAAUUCUGGAAUCGCUGCUAAUAGAGUUAACAGCAAUAUUGCUUGCAUAUUUUUUAUUUUGCUGUUUUUAUAUUUUUCCAAUUCUAUGCCCGCUGUGCAGAUAUUCCCCAUAGAAGCUGCUGUCUUCGUGCGAGAAUACUUAAACAACUGGUAUCAUUUAAGAUCUUACUAUUUUGUAAAAGUUAUUUCAGAUUUACCAUUGCAAAUUCUAAAUCCUUCCACGUUCAUCGCUAUUGCAUAUUACAUGACUGGCCAACCAAUGGAGAGUCACAGGUUUUUUCGUACUUGGUUAAUUUGUGUAUUGACAACGAUUCUUGGACAAUCAUCGGGAAUGCUCGUUGGCGUUACGUUCAACACAAAUCUAGGAGUAUUUUUAAUUCCUGCCGUCAAUAUGCCCAUUAUACUUUUUGCUGGAUUUUUCUUGAAAUUUAGCGAAGUGACGUUGUACCUUCAACCUUUAUGUGCCAUAAGUUUCUUCAGAUACGCAUUCGAGGGUAUUUUACAGGCAAUCUAUGAUGGAGGUAGAGAAAGAUUACAAUGUGAUGAAAUUUACUGUCAUUUACGUUCUCCAAAACAAAUUUUGAAAAUGAUGGAUAUGCCAUCAGUUUAUUAUUCCACCACUGUAAUAGCUUUAUGUAUUUGGAUAGUUUGUCUGCAGGUUUGUACGUAUCUGAUACUUAAAUGGAAAGCUCAUAUAGCUAAAAGGUAACGAUUUUUUAUUAUGUUAAAUAUAAUGUGUUCUUUUUUUUAUAUGGAAAUACUUUAAGAGUAUGGUGCUAGCCAACUUUUAUACUAUUAGAAAUUAACAGACAAUAUAAAUGUAAAAAUUUCAUUUUUUUAUUUUAAAAAAUACACAUGAAUUGUAUAUAAUCAUUGAGAAUCGAUAGAAAAAUAUUUACACACGUUUCUUCGUUAUAUAAGUUAUUCGACUAAGAGUUAUAAAUAAUUUUUUUAAAUCUUCUUUUAUAUACGAGCAUAUACAAUAUUACAAAAAUAUGUCAAUAAACACUACCCUACAUUUUGAGUCUUACAAGUAAAUUUAAGUUCUCAUUUUCGUACAUUAGGGAACUCUUUGAAUUGUGAACUUGAAAUUGCAGUUCGAGCUUUAUUAUAUAACGCUUGUUUAUAUGUAAAAAAUAUUUUCACGCUAAACUGAGCAAUCUAUUCCGCAUUCGGCAUAGGCGCGCGUGUUGCGAUAAACAUUAUCCGUUCUUAUAUAAUUUGAUAAGAAAAGGAACAUAUUUCAAUAUGUUUUAUCAAAUUGAACACAUGUACAUGGUUAAAUUAAUUUGUUAACGUACUUCCACUAUAUAUGUUUCUGGAAAAAUUAAUGGAAUACUAGUUAUUAAAAAUCACGCUUAAUAAGAGUGAUAAACGUACGUUUUUGGAAAUGAAUGCAAGUUUAUGCAAAUACUAAAUCAUCGAAUUACUUAAUACCAAGAAUUGAGAGAACACAGCUGUUAUUAAUCUUUCGUUAAAAUUAUUAUUGCUUAUUUGAUAAACUCUGAAGAUAAUUUUUCUAUUCUUCAGACUUUCAUUUAUAAUUCUAACAAACUAUUACUGGUUCCACAUAGUUUAGUGUCGAAGCUAAUUAACAGCAUUCUUGGUCCCAUCAAUAUAAAUACACUAAUAACGUAAUUGGAAAUUAACAAAAAUUCCUUACAUAACUAUGAAUAGUAGAAUCUUUGCUUGUAAACGCGUGCAUUGAUCAUUGAUUUUUCUUGAGCAAUUUAUAAAUAUCACUUUGAAAGAUAUCGUUUAAGAAUAAUAUCAUUACCUUGCAUUUAUUAACCUUUUACGGUAGAGCUAUUGAAAAAAAAAAAAAAAAA